AUGCUGCACCAAGGGCAGCUGCGCAUAGGUACAGGAAGCGCCAAGCGCGCUCCGGAUCUUCAUGAAGCGACAUGCGGUACAAGGCCAUCUAGGCCAGGGGUGGGUCAUAGCGCCAGGGGCGGGGUCACAGCGGUCCAGACCGCUAUCUUUGUAGGCACGGGCGGCGCACCGCCGUGCGGGGAGUCUAGCAGAGCAGGGGCAGGCAUAGGCAGAGCUGGGGCUCCACAAUCUGAAGGGAAGUGUUGCGGGGACCUCAAAGUCUCUGUACCAUGGAAAUAUGUGAUACCCAGGUACAACAAGAUCAUUCCCGUACAAUAUCUUCCGGAUGGUCACAAUCUCGCUGAGCCAUCGAAGUUAAGGCAGGUCCACGCCACAGAGUUGUUACGGUUUUGGCAUAGCAGACAGGAGGAAGGUGAAGAGCAUGUCUUUGAAUUCAUAGGAUGGUGGGACAAUGAUAGUGAGGACAUCGUCCUUGCAACCGAGCAAGAUGGGCGUGUCACUAGCCGGGCAUGGCCUAUCACCCAGAUGAAGAAACCAUCAGGAUCAAAGUCAAAGCAGCCUGGUUAUCAUGGGCAAUCUACUGCUGGACACGCUUCUGGUAAAAAGAUGAAGGACAAUGAGCCAGCCGCUGCACAUCGUUCCGGAGUCAAGGUAGUGAAGAGCACCUCAUCUUCAACUCCCCAACACAAGAGCGAGAAAUCCAAGAACACACUCAAGUCAUCCGAGGAGGAUAUUCACUACACAGGGAUGGUAGCUGAUGGGUCUUCUGCUGAACCAUCCGAGGACUCGGAUGAUGAUAUGCCACCUCCCCGGAAAGGAAGCAAUGACUCUGAAAGUGAGAUUGAACAGGAUGUCCCUCAAAAGGCGAUUGCGGCUUCAGGCAAACAUGCCAGGAAGGAUAUGGCCGUAAAUAUCAAGGCUUGGACCCCCGAUAUAAGCUCGACGGGGAGCAGGGCACUGGUCAGUCAAGAAAAGGAAGCUGUUAAACAUAAUGCAAAGGUUACUGCACGCGAUCGAUCUAAGUCCGGAGUGGCAGAAGCAGUAAUUCCGCCAGUUUGGCUGGUGGGACCAGCCUCCUGGGCUGGUCGCGGCGCGCCUGUCAACCAGGCAAAUGUCAAUCGUGAAGCUUCCGCAUCAAACAGAACGGCGACACAUGCAAUGCCCAUGGCAUGCCAUCUGACCAGUGGUGAACAUGCAAGGAAAAAAGGAAGGAAACGUCCUGCCGAAGAAACUUUAGAAGAGUUGCCUGCGAAACAGACAAGAAGCCGAGGAAUUGUAAAACCGGUCACUGAAAAUGUGAAAGAGCCCGCAGCCAAGAGACUGAAGAAAAGGGUCGCUGAGGAAUCUAUGGAAGAAUCUCCUUCAAAAUGUACCCGGAGCAAAACCUCUGACCACCUUCCCACGGCACGUGCGCACAAGCCAAACUCCCGAUAUGCUACCGACUAUGUAAGAACUUGA